GGAGGAGGAGGAGGAAAAAGGGGUGCUUCCUCUUCAGCCUGGGCUGCUGAUGUAUCCUAGAAGCCCCAGUCCGUAGCAACAGGAAACCUUGGUAUAAAAAGCCGCGUCGCAGGGGGAACCCUCCUAAGUGUCUCUCAGCCGCAGCAUGACCCGGACCGAGAGCCUGAGAGUGUGGACUUAACACGACAAUGCCCACCGAACCACCCGACACACAACUCUUCAUCAUGGACAGAGAUGACAGGCAGAGGAACAAGAACAUCGGAAAGAACUUUAUGUGCCGACUCCAGUGCAUGUUCUCACACCCAUCAAGCUCUGAGAGCAGGCUAAGUUUAGAAGACACCCAACAAUGGUCACAGUCACUGGAAAGGCUCCUCGAGUCUAAAUAUGGGUUGGCCACUUUUCGCAACUUUCUGAAAUCUGAAUACAGCGAUGAGAAUAUUGAGUUCUGGCUCACCUGCGAGGACUAUAAGAAGAUCAAGUCUUCAUUCAGAAUGUCCUCAAGAGCCAAGAAGAUUUACGAGCAGUUCAUCAAAGCAGAGUCUCCGAAAGAGAUCAACAUUGACUAUCACACCCGAGAGCAGAUCAAAAGGAACGUCAAAACUCCCACCAUGCACUGCUUUGACGACGCUCAGAAGAUAGUUUAUGGGCUGAUGGAAAGAGACUCGUACCCGCGGUUCCUCCGCUCAGACAUUUAUAGAACUCUCCUGGAAAACCUCGCAGCAGACGCCACGAAGGGAUGAAAGCGCAGUCGGAGAGAGAGAGAGGGAGAGAGGGAGAGAGAGAGAGAGAGAGAGAUAUAGAAAGAAAGGACAUAAAACCCAUAACUGGAAUGUUUGAGCUCCUUCAGGAGGAAGGGACCGACAACAAAGGAGGAAGGAGGGGACACCAGCAAAGGCCUUGCCAUCGCCAUCGCAUCCAAAUGUGCCUCAGUCCUGUCACGGGAGGACGGAAACACACAUCUGAGGACCGUGUCACGAGGAGAAGAAUAAACAUGACCAGCCCUAAUGAUGAUGCCUAAUGAUGAUGAGCCCUAGUGUGUGUUUGCACUGGAUGAUAAGUCUGUGUGUGCAGGCCAAUUGGAACCACUUUAGACAAUGGACGAAUCAGCGAGGGGGCCGACGUCCGCUCCGACCGCGGCGCCGCGUCAGCAAACCGUGCAGCGGACCUCCUUUGGCCUUUUUUGCAGAGGUGCUUCCUGGGCAGAUUAAGAUAGAGGAUGUAAAACGCAAGGGUCACGCUUAGUGUGUGUGUGUGUGUGUGUGUGUGUGUGUGUGCGUGUGCGUGCGUGUGUGUGUGUGUGAGAGAGAGGGUGAAAGUGAGUAUUUAGUUUUUAACUGCCACUGACACAGAGUACGAUGUCACGAAAGGAGUUGGACAUUUAUCUAAUGACAGCACGAGGGAGGACAACAAAUCCAUCGCAGAUAGACUCAAUCGUGAUAUUUCAGAAGGCCACUUCUGGAAGAGGCAUUCUGGGACACUUGAAAGGGAGAAGUAUUCUUCUGUUUCGAAAUCUUGUUCAGAUUGGACUGAUAUGGGGUUGUAAAAACUGAUACUGAUACUUCUUUAGAUUUAAGCUGCCUGUUGGAGAUAUUUGUGUCAAUGUUGAAUAUAUUUCUAAUUUCCAAAUAUAAAAAAAGAAAAGUAGCUAGUGUCUCAAAAAAUUAUCCAGAAUAAAUAUAUUUAUUUUAUGAUAACAAAACAUAAUCAUGCACAUUUUCUUGUGGAAUCUGAACCAAAUUCUGCACUACAGCAACUAAGAAGUUCCUUUUUUUACCGCCGGUGGCAUCUGAUUUAAUUCCUCAGCCGGCCGGCCGGUAUCUUAUUCCAAGUCAACUUCUUACACAAGUAUCAGGAGUUGUGAUUUCAUUUAAUAAACUAUUUGAGUGGAAUUAUUAAAGGGAUAGGAUGUUUCACCUUGCAUGAUAGGAUGUUAAAACCCUGAGAAUAUGCCUUAUUCUUGCUUUCCAAAGCAUGUUGUUUUAAUGUAUUCUUAAGGGGGAAAUGCUAAGUUAACUUAAAAGUGAAACAGUGUAUUAUUUAUUGUUAAUUAUCACCAUUUGAGUACAACGUGUUUUGCAGUGUUGAAGUGAUUGUUAAAAUGUUAGUCAUUAGAACGACAUUAAAUGAUUGAAGGUGAAA